UUGGCUACGCACGGGCUGGCGGUGGCGCUGGCUCUAAGCGUGUUGCCGGGAGGUCGGACACUGCGACCCGGCGACUGCGAAGUUUGUAUUUCUUAUCUGGGAAGAUUUUACCAGGACCUUAAAGACAGAGAUGUCACAUUCUCACCAGCCUCUAUUGAAAAAGAACUUAUAAAGUUCUGCCGAGAUGCUAGAAGCAAAGAAAACCGGUUGUGCUACUACAUUGGGGCCACAGAUGAUGCAGCCACCAAGAUCAUCAAUGAGGUAUCGAAGCCUCUGUCUCACCACAUCCCUGUGGAGAAGAUCUGUGAGAAGCUCAAGAAGAAGGACAGCCAGAUCUGUGAACUAAAGUAUGACAAGCAGAUCGACUUGAGCACAGUGGACCUGAAGAAGCUCCGAGUUAAAGAGCUAAAGAAGAUCCUGGAUGACUGGGGAGAGUCCUGUAAAGGUUGUGCAGAAAAGUCUGACUACAUCCGGAAGAUUAAUGAACUGAUGCCUAAAUAUGCCCCCAAGGCAGCCAGUUCACGGACUGAUUUGUAGUCUGCCUGAUCCCUGCUGCAACUGACGGGGGGAAAAAACAAACAAACAAACAAACAAAAAAACAGUUCAUCUGUACCUUCCCCAAACAGCCUUUUGUAAUUUAUUUUUUAGGUGGGCUCCUGACAGUGUCAGGUGUGAAGCUGGAGCUUUUCUGAUGAUGCUGGCUCUGCAGCACCCCGUGGGGGUUCACUUUAUUCUGUUGCUGGUUUACUCUAGGACUUCAAAAUGUGUCUGGGAUUUUUUUAUUAAAGGAAGAAAAUUUCUAGCUGUUCUUUGAGAAUUAAAGUGAAUCCUGAAGUAGCAUUUUACCCCAAUGAAGACUUUUCCAGCUUACGAGAGUUUUCAGGCAUUCACAUCUGUCCCUCAACCACCAGUGCUGGAGAUAACACGGCCCAUGGGCUGAGGCAUGUGCAGGAUAUCCCACAGCUGGGAGGCAUGGGGGGGAAUGGAUCUCAUACAGGUGGGAGAGACUUAGGUUGGCGCUCAGUAAUAGCAGGACUGAGGGUAUGUUUGGUAUGGUUGUCUGCAAUAAUGUCUUCAAUAAUUGCAUGUGUUUUAUAAAUGUCACAUUUUUAAAAAAUUAUUUAUGCAUAUAAGAACUGGGAUAUACACUGGAGGCACU